CGUGUACAGUCGCGUUUUGGUGUUUUCGGUUAAAUUAUCGGGGCGCGUGAUAGUGAGCCAAAGAGAUCGUUAUUAAAUCCUCCUCAACAGAAGCGGAAAUUGUGCGGUUAAGGUUGGGCUCCUGCUUGCAAGUGCUGUUCUCUUGUGGGGUGGGGCAGUUCAUCCGGACAAAGGACCUAUACUAUCCGGUGCGGAGAGUGUGAAGUUCUAGUGUUGGCUUGGACACAGAUCCAAACGGUUCUUGUUGACGAUUGAAGCAAGUGUGAAGUAACAACAAGUGAUUUUUUCCGGCAUCGAUAAGGAUAAACCAACAGGAUACACACGGAGGUGUUCACAACCUGCUAGCUGUGAUUGAAACCAACCAGUUUGGGAGAUAAUCUCCUCGAGUGUUACAUCGCAGCAAGAUGAGGAAGUGCUAUCUUCUACUGCUACUACCGGUAGUAUUCACUGCCCAAUCACCUGCCGCUGUAUUUGAGGAUGUUUUUGAGCUGGGGCGGCCGAGCGUCACCUUCCGGAGCACUCUGGAGAAUAAGAAUGGAAUGCAGGCCUACCUGAGAAAGCGGAACCGCCAGCGGGCUCUUGUACCAUCGGCAAUUUCACCUCCCCGAAUCGAUUCUUACUCGGCUGCCAGCGAGCGCUAUCAGGACUUCCAGGAAACUCUGAACGAUCGUAUCCGGUUGGAGAAUCUCAAAAAGAUUGCCACCAUUAGUACAAAGCGCUUUGAUACUCUGCCGAUGGUCCAGCGCGAGUCCAAGAAAACCCACAUCAUACCGAAAGAAGUCUUCCACUUCACGCUGUCCGAUGUAAUGAUCCGCCAUCCAUUACCGCAGGGAUACGAAAAGCAGCAUAUGAGCCGAGUCAAGCGAAGUGAAAAUCCGGAACGACGCGAACCAAUGGCACGGGAAAUUCUCUGGUUCGAACAUAAGGAUGCGAUUAGGCGCGAACAACCAAAUAAUGAGGAACGAAAAGUUGAUCACCACAGAAGCAGACGAUCGGCAGAACCCACCGAUCAAAAGGCUCAGGAAAAAGUUUCAUUCGAACUGAAGGAUGGAAAAGUGCCAGAAACGACUGUGUCUUCGAAUUUGAGAAUGCCGUUCACAACAUCGGACACCUUCAAGCGGGGAUCCGAACGUCGUGCACUGAGAAGACGGGAUGUCAGAAAGGAGCGCCAAGACAUUCAGAAGAAUGAGUCGGAUCUGAACGUGGAAGAAACAAGACGAGUCAAGAUCAAUCGGGGCAAUAAGAAGAAGGUGACCAAUUACGAAGACCUGCCACUAGGUGUACAGAAAGCUAUCGACAUUGCCAUCCAUGAGAACGAGAGAGUGAAUGCGAAAUCACCGGAAGAGCCACCGAAAGCUACGAAAUAUUACUUCGGAGACAAAAAACCAAAAGUGAAGAAACCAUUCAGUGCGGCAGUCAACACCAAAUUGACCCAUCCAAGUGCGAAAGAUAACAUGUUUGUUCCAAGUCCCCAAAUUGAGUCUGGAUUCGUUCCGAGCAAACAGAUGCAGGGCGAUUCAAAUGACAAUUUGAUGCCGGAGAAGACGACACCAGCGAACUGGUGGACACCGUCCAAUUUAAUUCGACCCAAAAGACUUUAUCAAAAAUCUUUGUACAUUCCACCGCUGGUGGUUAGUCCUCAAUAUGUAAACACCUACAAACCCACGAUGGAAUCUAACAAAAUGAAGGAACUGUCACCGGGAUAUCAACACGGACAUGAAACCUACGAUUCGGAGGCUACGAAGGAGGUGAUCAUUGGCGAUAAACCCAAGAUUCAGUAUGUCAUCAAAGAAAACUCUCAUCCUGUGAGAAUCGAACCGACUAGAACGAAAAUUACCCUUCAGCCGACUAUUUCGAUUUCCUACGAUCAGGAACCGACCGCUCCAACUGCCUACGCAGAAGGUGGACACUCUGAUUACAACAUUCCAUAUGGACCACUAGAAGUCCGGUAUCAAGCACCCAAAGAAUCUACGAAGACCUUUCAAAAAAUGAACAUAGUAGUUCCUGACCAAGAGGAGAAUAAUCCCACCCAAUAUUAUAGCAACAAUAACAACCAGGUCGAGCAAUCCCAAUCCCAAUCCCAAUCCAAAACCCAAGCUUCCGAGUUGAGCCACUCCUCUGGAGAUGGUUAUGGCUCAAAGACGAGAAAUAGUAUAGCGGCUCUGUCAGCGCUAAUCGGAAAGCGCCCUACCGUUCAACUCAAGGGUCUCAACGAUCUAUUGCAUAUGCCGGUUCCGAUUGGUAACGCACAGCCACUGCAAAAAAUGAAAACCAAAGUUAGACCACAGGAGAACACCGCCCCGAUUGUUUUCCCGAUGGAAUCGUCCACGUCACGACCUCAACCAAAGAAAAAUAACGGAUAUCGAAGUGUGAAGAUCGAAAGCGUACCCAAGGCGAAUAUAUAUGAUAAUACCAGCCCAGAUGUAGUGUAUAAUACGAUUCAGAUGAAACCUCAACUUCGGGUACCCAUGACGAAGGACUACACACCCAUUCAGGAGUCCGUUGCGGACAUCUCCGAGUCCGAUUUUGUUGCAUCGACCAUCGCAACUCCCACCCACGCGACAUAUAUUGUUUCUUCCACCCCAGUGGUUCCACUCCUGGAGGUCAAUAGCUACGAAAACGAUGCCACCGGACACGGAUACGGGAGCUAUCAAUCCACCGGAGCCCCACUGGAAAUUUACAGUACUCCCGAGACAAUCGCGGAACCAAUCAGUGUUCAGUAUCAGAGCCGAGAGGUAUCCCGUCACAAUGUCCGCCAGAAGUAUGAACACAGCGAUCAUCAACUCGACGGUAAUAGUGAACACCACGAUGAAUCGGAAGGGUACGCCUUCGGUUACCGAGUGCGUGAUUUCCACAGUGGCAACGACUUCGGUCAUGUCCAGAACCGAGACAACGGAGUGACCCGAGGCGAAUAUCACAUCCUGUUGCCGGACGGACGGGUGCAGAAUGUCCGCUACACUGCCGACGAUAAGGGUUUCCACGCUGACGUUAGCUACGAGAGCAUUCAUGCACCCCACGAAGCGGAGCACAAAUGAUUUCCAUUUCCAACCUGAACAGAUGAAAAGAAGACUGUGUACAUAAAAUCGAACAUUCGAUCAAACCGCGCGCGAUCGAUGCGUAAAAAAGAAAAGCUUUGCAAAAUACACACGGGAAGCUUUCGAUAGUUUCCAACAGAGGCGCGUUCAACUGAUCUAGACGAAAGCUUUCGCACUUUUCAAAGCUUAGCGAAUGAAUUCUGCGCCGGAGAGCGUAAUUUUUUUUUAGUUACUGAUAAUUAACCUUGUUUUCUGUAGGCUUCCGGACCUCAACAACUAUUUAAAACUAACUGUUAUUUAAUUUUACUAUUUAAUAGCCUGUAAGAUAUUUGUUUUAUACCAUUGACGAACACCAUUCUGUCACUAUCUUCCGCCCCACUCUAGUGUUGAUACGAUUUACCGUGAUCGAGGGACUUGUGCAAUUAUGUUUACUUAACUUAACUUUAGCCUUUAUCAUCGAUAUUUAAUCAUCCAUCACUUCGGAUCAUUGAACUAGGCGUAGUGUAAUACAAGGCGGGAAGUGAGAAUUCGGAAGGAAGUAUGUGAUUGCAUUAGUGUUAGGCCCUUCUGUUCACUAUAGUGGCAAUUGAUUUAAUGUUGAC